AAUAUAUUCUCAAAUGGAUUCGUUCUCAAUCUGGGGUAAAAAAUACUAAUAUUAAGAGCGCUUUAGCACGAAUCUUGAUAGUACGGGCCAAGACUGGCUCUGAAAAGUCUACUAUUCUUCCGGUAGAAAUGCAUAAGUAUCUUAAUAGGUUCAUUCCUGCUAAUGUAGAGAUUAAAAAGCGGGAUUUUAAGAAGGAUGAUAUCAUAUGUACUCAACCUCGAGUACUGACCACUAUCUUCUUAGCCAAAGAUGUUUCUAGCAGUGGCUACUACAAAGAUAUGGUGCUGGAGAAAACGGUCGGAUAUCAAACGGAGCCUAACAGUAGAAAACCCAUUCAUGGCUUACUUUAUGCUACAGUUGGUAUUCUAGUUGCUCAUAUGCAGAUGAGCACGGAUGCAGAAAUCAUAGAAAAGUAUCGCAUAAUUAUUAUAGAUGAGGCCCACGAGCGAUCUCUCGAGUCGGAUUUUCUACUAAUGCUUCUUAAAAACUUUUAUGAGCAUAAUAGGCUUAUAGUCAAUCUUCCUUUCUUGAUUUUGACUAGUGUAACAUUUGACAUCCAGCGCUAUGCGAAAUACUUUGGGGUAGGUCCCAGCAAUUAUCUUGAUAUUAUGGGCAGGGCAUAUGACAUUGAGACUCACUGGCCCCGUAAUGGUUUCAAUAAUUAUAUCAUGGGAGCUGUGGAGCAGAUCAUAGAGAUCCAUCAAAAUAAUCUUGAUGAUCUUCCUGCCAAAGCAGAUAUUCUUGUCUUUACUCCUGGAGCGGGAGAAGCUAUGGCCAUUUGCCAGGAACUAGUCAAAAAACUAGCGCAACUAGAGAAACCCUUUUUACUACUAACUCUAAACCGGGAAAUAGUGGCGGCGCAGAGGAGAGAAUAUCAUCUGGUAUUUGCAAAGCCCAAAUCUCUUCCUCUAGUUAAUGGUCAUAAGGUUGUUAGACGAGUUAUCUUGACGACCACGGUUGCGGAGACUGGGCUGACCAUUAAUACUUUGCGAUAUGUAGUGGAUAGUGGGUGGCAUCGCUCUCGAGAAACUUAUCAGCCUUGGGGAAUAUCUGGUAUAAUUACUCGCCCGGCUUCACAAAGCAGGAUACUUCAGAAAAAAGGUCGGGCAGGCCGGCUAUUCCCUGGUGACUUUUAUCCAUUAUAUACUGAAAAUACUUUUAAUACUUUGGAAGAACAGCAGUUGCCUGAUAUCAUUACGCUAGGAGUGGAUCCCAUCUUCCUGGCUCUCAUAGCUGAACAGAGGCGACAUAAGGAGCUGAUGGAGACUCUCCAUGCAAUAAAUCCCAAGUUAUUUCCGGGUUUCCUAAAUAAGGAGGCUUUCAGAGUUGAGGAUUUGGAUCUGCUUGACCCUCCUCCUCCCGAAGCCUUCUUAGUGGCUAACUCAAAAGCAAUUUCUUUUGGUUUUAUAGAAAUUAAGAAUCUGGAUAGAUCAUCUUCUACCAAAGCCCAGCCAUUUGUGUCUCUAAUGCCCUUAGGGGAAGUUGCAUUAAGGUUCUCACGGGUGCCGAUGGAAGGAGCCCGGAUUCUUUUUUCAGGCUAUGUUUGGAACUGUUCCGCAUCUGAUCUCGCUACAGUAGUUAGUCUGAUCGGAGCUCAAUCCAAUGUCUUUCUUUCUAAACGAGAAAUGCAGAAUAAGAAGACCUUUUCGGGCUCUAAGGCACUUCUAGCCUCAGUGUCCUCAUUUCUGACCGGGAUUGAACUGGCUGAGAUAUUGGCCUUCUUCCAUGUCAAAAUCUUAAUAGCUGAUGCUUUUCUGGAAAAUUUGCUCAUUUUUGACGCUUUUGCUGAACAAUUAGAGGAUCCUGUUCAGACUAAAGACUGGUGCGAAAAUCUGGGACUAGAUUAUACCAAAUUAGUGGGAAUUGCCAAUAUUCAUGAAACUGUAAUAGGAGAGAUGGUUGUCGCAGAACUAGAUCCGUUCUGCAAUUCAGAGUAUAAAUUGAAGCUUUCAACUAAAGAAUUUUUUAUAUCUAGGCUGAUUAAUCUUAAGAAAUGUUUGUAUUAUGGGUUUCGAGGAAAUCUGCUUACACUAACUCACGCUUCAAACAAAAAAACAAGAAAUCAGUUUGGGAUAGGGUCAUGUUAUGUAACUCGUCAAGGACUUACUGUCCACAUACCCACACCACUUUUACCUGAAUUAUUGAUUGAACAGGUUAGGGAUGCCAGGUUAGCUUUUGCUGAUAGUUUUGGUAUGGCUUCGAGCGCAGAAAGUAGACCCCAAUGGCUCUUGACUGAUAGCUUGCAGAUAGUUCCUGAGCAGAGAAAUGAAAUGAUGUAUUCUUUGUCUGCCAAUAUACUUUUGGUAAUAGAUGGAUAUGUACCCAUUGAUACUACAUUUGACAGACCUCGCUCUUUCUUUUAA